CAAGAAAUUCAGCGGUCCAUGAUCCAUCUGUGAAUUGUUUGCAUUUAUUACAUUUACAUUGACCUUUCCUUUUAACUUUCUUAAUUGAAUUAUGUUAGCAAGAAAGUAGGUCUAGCAGGACCGCACUGAUAAAUUCCUUGUAUUAAAAAAAAGCCCUAAAAUGGCAGGUAUAGAUUUACACGCGCCGGUGGACUCUAACAAGAGCUAUGUCGAAUUAACCUACGAGGAAAAAAUGAGAUAUGACCACCAGAAGAUGCAUGCUAUGCAUGAGGGACAUGAGUCCAUGCAUGUCACCAUGGUGGGAAUCUUGAUGAUAGUGCUUGUGAUAGCUCAAAUUGUAUUUGUGCAAUGGAAGAAGUAUCACUACAGAUCUUAUUCGUUCUUCACGAUGGUAACAAUGUGGGUAUUACCGCUGAUCAUGAGCCUCAAGAACAUAUGGAUUAGAUUUGUGUCAAUAUGGAUGAUGUUUACUGCAGUGACGGCAUUCAUUUUACGUCAAUCCACCAGGAAACCCAUGUCUCCUAGUACACCUAGAUUGGUGUACAAAUGGUUCUACCUCAUAUACAAGGUGUGCUGCGUGGUCGGCCUCUUCGGCUACACGCUGAUGAUACUCACGCUAUUCAACUUGAACAGUCUGUUUGGCAUGAAGGCCCACAAGUGGAUGGACGCGGCGUUGCUAACGCUGUUCUACGGACUGUACUUUGGUGUGCUCGGCAGGGACGUGUCGGAGUACUGCUCAGAGAGAAUGGCAGCUUCUAUUGGGUAUUACACAAAGGAGGGUAUACCAACUCGACUGUUGGAACGUAAUGUUUGCGCCGUGUGCGGGAACCGGCUUCUAGUAAGCGUGGAUGAAGAGGGAGUUUUAGAAAACACAUACAAAUUAACCUGUGGUCACGUGUUCCACGAGUUCUGCAUACGCGGCUGGUGCAUAGUCGGCAAGAAGCAGACCUGCCCCUACUGCAAGGAGAAGGUGGACCUCAAGCGGAUGUUCACUAACCCUUGGGACCGUCCCCACAUCCUCUACGGCCAGAUGCUGGACUGGAUCCGAUGGAUCAUUGCCUGGCAGCCGCUCGUCAUAUUCCUCGUGCAGGGCAUCAACUGGCUGCUCGGCCUCGAGUAGACCAAGUAGACCAAGAAGACCAGCGAGUAGAUCAUAAGGUUGUAGGCUAAACUAGUCUGGAUUUAAAAUCAACCGUAUUGUUUUCUAAUAUACCUCAACAUUCUAUGUCAUCUUCAGUUUUGGCCUAGACGAAUAUUGGAAAUAUUUUUAAAGAAUAGAAAAAUUUAUGAGGUAGAUUUGUACCCGCGAUUUUUGCCAUACCAGAGAAACUCCUAGGCUCUCGUCCACCCGCGAUCCCGUCAUAGUAAUCAAAUUUAUUCCAUUCUUUCGAUUUUAUAUGUCUAAGGGACACUCCACGCCAUCUAUUGAGAUUAAACUACAUUAAAAUGAUAAUUUUUUUCGAUGAUUACAAUAU